GUAGAGGUCACAGAUGAAUUGAUUUAAAAUUUCGAGGUGGAAAAAUUGAGAGAUAUCAUUUGUGUUGUUUUCAGGCAUGGACGCCAACACACUACUAAUCUGCUUGACUGCAGUGAUCGUCUCUGCAGUGAGUGGGUGUCCUGUUGGUCAAGAAUUUUUUACCACUUUCUUGACAAACUAUGAUUAUAGCACUCCUGGAAAACUUCAGCUUGCUAUUACUGCUCAUGAAAAAACAGCCACGGUGAAUGUAUGGUCUCCGUAUUUCACAAAGACCCAGACAGUGCCCAAAGGGAGCACAACUUUUAUCAAUUUACCAGCCAAAGCCGAAUUGUCAGGUCCAGGGUUAUCUAACAAAAUUGUCCGUGUUACGUCUGACAGCGACAUCACUGUGGUGACAUCUAAUAUAAAACUUCGCACUGGAGACAGUAGUGUCAUCCUCCCAACAUCCAACCUGGGCAGGAAGUAUGUAGUGUUCACACCAGAUCCUAUAGUUUUUUCUGCUCUUGUUGCUCUUGUAAAUGGUGACAAAGAGAAUGUGGUGGAAAUCCUGCCUGCUGCCAGGAUGACGGUCAAUAAGAGAGACAAUUGGAAGAGAGGGAGGAAAGUUACCCUCAGACUAAAGCCUAAUCAAGUCUACCAGUUUAUGAGCACUACGUCAUUCACUGGCACCAGGAUCACUUCUACACAGCCUCUGGCUGUUUUGGUGGGAAACCAAUGUGCUAAACUAGAAGGAACCUGUGAACACGUAUAUGAGCAGCUUCUCCCGGUGGAAAGGCUUUGUGAACACUAUUUGGUUCCAGCUAUGGGCAACAAAGACUAUGCCUAUGUUGUUGCAGCUGAUGACAAGACAAAGGUUUCCAUUUCUGGAAAACAGCACCUACUUUAUGCUGGGCAAAAUCUGAAAAUUACAAUGAGCAAAAGUAACCCUGUUAUUGUAAGAAGCAACAAGAGGGUUAUGGUGAUGUACUUUGGAAGAAACCUUCCACACGAUGAGUUUCUAACUAACAUCCUUCCCACCUCUAAGAUGUCAAAUACAUGGUCAGUGUACCCACAAGAAACGUAUGACAAUACAGCUGUCAUCGUCUCGGAGGCUGAGGGCUCAAACACGAUCAGCGGUGUGACCAACUGGAGGCCUUUUCCCUCAGAUAGUCGGUAUAUGUGGGCCAUGAAGCGUCUUGGAAGGGGAAAAAACCCUGUGAGCUUUAGUGGACAGGCCCUCAUGGCCGUUUAUGUCUUUGGUGGUAAAAAUAGACACGGUUAUGGUACAACUGGGGUGUGCGCCCCAGUUAUUGAACCAACUCCAGCACCUGACCCUUGUGAUGGCAUCACAUGUCGGGAGAAGGAGGAGUGCAGGGGAGGUAAAUGUGUUCACACAUCAGAGGAUACCUGCUCGGCUCUUGGUGAUCCCCAUUACAGAACCUUUGAUGGGAAACGCUACGACUUCCAAGGCACCUGCACCUACACCAUGGCCGAGGUUUUGAAAAAAGAGGCAGGCCUUGUUCCCUUCACAGUCCUGGCCAAGAACAACCACAGAGGCAACAAACGGGUGGCGUAUGUCAGGAAGGUCACGGUCACUGUGUACAAUCACACCGUGACCAUCAGCAAAAAAAGGGCCAGAGUUGAGGUGGACGGUGAAAUUGUUUACCUGCCUGUGAGUCUAGCGGGGGGAAAGCUCCAGGUGGUCCAGAGAGGCAGGAAUGCCGUUUUGACAACAAAGUUUGGGCUGAAAGUCACAUACGACUGGAAUAUGAUGCUGCGCAUCACGGCACCAAGCAGUUACUUCCGUACACUGGGCGGAUUGUGUGGGAAUUACAACGGUGACCGCAAGGAUGAAUGGACCAGCCGCUCUGGAAGUCGACUCUCCUCAGCCCUCGAGUUCGCAAAGAGCUGGAAAGUGUCGGAUAGAGAUCUGUUCUGCCAUGACAACUGUCGUGGGAAAUGCCCCAGUUGCUCGGCAGCACAGAAGAAUAAAUUUAGUGGAGUAAAGUACUGUGGCCUCAUCACCGACACCAACAGUGUAUUUGCCAAAUGCAAACCCGAAGUUGACCCUGGCAUGUACUUCGACAACUGUGUGUAUGACAUCUGCAUCAAUAAAGGCAUCAAAAACUUCCUCUGUGACAACAUUGAAAAUUAUGUGGAUGCAUGCAUGGCUGCGGGCAUCAAGAUUGAUGGCUGGAGAACUCUUGCAAACUGUCCCAUGGACUGUCCUGCAAAUAGCCACUAUGAAGCAUGUGGGUCAGCGUGCGCAGCCUCCUGUGCUGAGAGAAACGCCCCGUCCACAUGUAAGGAGCCCUGCGUAGAGGGCUGCCAGUGCAACAAGGGCUUUGUGCUCAGCGGUGAAACGUGUGUGCCAGUGAGCUCAUGUGGCUGUACCAGUGGAGGGCGCUAUUACCCUGCAGGGCAGACAUUUUGGACUGACAACACAUGCACUAAUAAAUGCACAUGCAUGUCUGGAACCCUGAAGUGCGUUGAUACCAAGUGCAAGAGUUCUGAAGUGUGUUCUUUGAAGAACGGUGUGAGAAACUGUUACCCGCUGUCUUAUGGUACCUGCCGUGGCUCCGGUGACCCACACUACCGCUCGUUUGAUGGAAAGAAAUUUGACUUCCAAGGAACAUGUUCAUACCUCUUGUCCAAAGUAAUAAGCACUAAAGAUCCUUCUCUGGAACCUUUUGAGGUGCAGGUCCAGAAUGAGAACAGAGGCCGAAACAAGGCAGUGGCAUACACCAAGACAGCCUUGAUAAAAGUGUAUGAACACAUCAUUAUUUUGAGCAGCGACAGUCCCGGCAGAGUGAAGCUAAACAACGUGUUUGUAAACCUGCCACUGACACUGGACAAUGGACGACUGUCAAUUUUCCGAAGAGGCCGGGCUGGAGUGGUCAAAACUGAGUUUGGCCUGGAAAUGCAGUUUGAUUGGAGAAGCUAUGUGUCAGUUACUGUCCCAAGCACCUACCAUGGAGUGCUAGGUGGUCUGUGUGGAAACUUCAACGGCCAUGGAAACGAUGACAUGCUCACACCCAACGAAACCCCCGCCAAAAAUCCAACAGAGUUUGGUAAAAGCUGGAAAGUGAAAAAUGAUUCUCGAUGCAAAGACACAUGUGAAGGAAAGACAUGCUAUGAAUGUGACAUCAACUCAAAGCAGAAUGAGCCAUUCCGAAAACACUGCAGCAUCCUCACAGACAAGACUGGUCCCUUCAAAGACUGUCACAGUAGAGUGAAUCCAGAGCAGUACUAUGAAGACUGUGUUUACGACAUGUGCAUGUAUAAGGGUCACUCCUCUGCACUUUGCAAUGCCCUCAGCACGUACACCUCUGUGUGCCAGGACGCAAAAGCCAGGAUCAAUGUUUGGAGAACAGAGUCACUUUGUCCGCUGGAUUGCAAAGGAAACAGCCACUACGAAGUUUGCCCGUCCAGCUGUUCUGUAAUGUGUCGUGGAACUGAGGAGCCCGAAGACUGCGAAAACACCCCCUGCAGUGAGGGCUGUGAGUGCGAUGGCGGCUUUGUGCUGAGUGACGGACAGUGUGUGCCAGAGGAACAGUGUGGUUGUGCGUACAAAGGCCGCUACUACCAGCAAGGCCAGGUGUUCUUCCUCAAUGACCAGUGCAAGGGCCGUUGUGUGUGUGGAAACGAUGGAAAGGUUCAGUGCCAACCUGAUUUCUCCUGUGGGCCUGACGAAGUGUGCCGCAUCCAGGACGGGAUCAAGGACUGCUUCCCCACCACCAAAGCCACCUGCUCAGUAUGUGGAAUGGGACACUAUCACUCCUUUGACAACAAGGACUUCAGCGUUACUGGCAACUGUGUGUACAAAAUGGCAGAGGUCACCAAAGACAAGGAUGGUAAGAGGGUUCCUUUCAGUGUGGUAGUCCAUCAGGAAUCUGCGGCCCAUGAUCCAACUGUUACCCGUAGUGUCCAAAUAGAAGUCAGUGACUACAACAUCGUCAUGCUUCCUGGAAGAAUCUGGGAAGUAACGCUGGAUGACAUCCGUGUGAAUCUCCCGCUCCAAUUGGACGACGGGAAGGUGCGAGUCUAUCAGAACGGAUUGGUCAUCAUUCUGCAGACUAACUUUGGCUUGGAGGUGACCUAUGACACCACCUCCAUGGUUAGAGUGGAAAUGCCAUCCUCUUACAAAGGCGUGCUGCUGGGCCUCUGUGGCAACUACAACGGCAACCCGGCCGAUGACUUCGCCUUACCUGGAGGUGCCCAGGCCUCCUCGGCAGAAGCGUUUGCUGAGGGCUGGGUCGUGAAUCAGAAGGGUGUGAAAUGUCAGACAGGCUGUGGGUCCCAGUGCCCUACUCCACCACCAGGGGGCGGAGACUUGUGUGACAUCUUGAAGGACAAAAAGAGUCCAUUUUCAAAGUGCCACUCAACUGUGCCACCACAGGAGUACUUUGACAAAUGUGUGAAAGACCUUUCGGAGCAAGGCGGCAGUAAAGAUGUCCUUUGCCAACACUUGCAGAACUACGUUGCUGUCUGCCAGGAAUCUGGGGGUUCAGUUGACGGCUGGCGAAACGAGACAUUUUGUCCGAUGACGUGCCCAAAGAACAGUCAGUAUGAGCUCUGUGCCGAUACCUGCUCCACUACCUGUGCCAGUCUCACUACGCCUCAGAAGUGCUCACAUUGCCAGGAGGGAUGCGAGUGUGAGGAUGGUUUUGCCUUUGAUGGUGGAGAAUGUAAGCCACUGGGAAAAUGUGGCUGUGUGGUUGAUGGACGCACUUACAAGUCAGGGGAAACCGUGGUGAGUGAAGACUGCCUACAGAAAUGCACGUGUGUAGAUGGUGUGUUUUCAUGUGAGAACACAAAUGAAUGCGCAACGGAACAAGUCUGUGCCAUCCGGGAAGGACUAAGAAACUGCUAUCAAGUGGAUCCUUGUAAGGCAAAGGAAUGCCGUGAAAAAGAAAUGUGUGUCAAGAUUGGCACCAAUGUCCAGUGUGUGGCAGAGUCCAGAUCCACCUGCCAGAUCAUCGGGGACCCGCACUACCAAAGCUUCGAUGGCAAACUUUUCUCUUACCAGGGCUCAUGCACAUACACACUGGUUCAGACGACAGGUCAAGAUAGCACACUGACUCCUUUCAGCAUUGUCACCAAAACCGAGUUGGAGAGUAAGCACGGGUCCUACUUAAAAACUGUAACAAUCAACAUGGAAGGUGUCCAGAUCGUUGUUGUCUAUGGUGACCCCGACAAAGUGCUGGUUGAUGGCUCCCCUUCUAAUCUCCCCGUUACUCUCAAGUCUGGGAAGAUCAGAAUUACUCAGGAGUCCUACAAGGGUGUCCUUAAGACCGACUUCGGAGUGGAGAUCACCUUUGACUGGGGGGAGGAUCUCUACGUCACUGUGCCUAGCAGCUAUUAUAAGAACCUGGAGGGCAUGUGUGGAACCUACAACGGAGACCAGGCUGAUGAUUUCUCCAUACCUAAUGGCUCCACCAUCACCAGCCUGAAGAAGUGGGCAGAAGCCUGGAGCCUUCCUGAAGCCAACAGCACCUGCCUGCAUUCCUGCCCAGGCCAGUGCCCUGUCUGUACGGCGGACGCCAAGUCGCUUUAUGGACAAAAGGAAUACUGUGGCGAGAUCGGAGUGAAGAAUGGUGCUUUUGCUGCAUGUCAUGCCAAGGUUCUGCCAGGGAAGCUGUUGGCAGACUGCCUUUACAACAUGUGCAUCCAUGAAGGAGACAAGGAGAUGCUGUGCAAGGUCAUGACCAAUUAUGUCAAAAUCUGCCAGCUGAAAGGUGCUGACGUUUCUAAACAGUGGCUGCAGACACUCAACUGUUAAGUCUGACGAGAAGGGGAUGGGUUGCUGAAGAAGAUAACAGAAAUCCACAUAAACAGCCAUCUCUACACAGAAACUUAACCGCAGCAUCGACCAAAUAUACCAUAUACACACACAUACUCAUAUCAUUUUGAGCUCCUCCUUCUUCAUCCAGACCAGGCUUGUGCAAAAUUCAGAAUUGAAUUGAGAAUGACUCCUAAAUUCCAAUUCAAUUCUUGAGUUUGAAUUGAAUUUGAAUUGAGGUCAAAAACAGGAUGCAGAAUUACAAUUCGAAUUUGAAUUAAGGGAAGUAGAAUUGAAAUUCAAUGAAAUUCAAAUCAAUUCACAUACAUAAAUUAAGGGUACACUGCAAAUUAUUUGAUUCUUAUCAAGAUAAAAAAAAAAUACAUUAGAAGUGUUAGAUCAUUUACAUUGUUUUAAGAGUGAAUUUCUUACUUUAAGUGUUCAACUUUACACUAUCUUAAAUCAAGCACAUAUUUUUUUUGUCUCAAAUAGGCAUUUAAUCUUAAAAUUAGGUAAAUACUGUUAAAAUGAGAUCUUUUACAUCUCUCCCUCAAAUUCUCAUCAAAAUAAAGCUUGUUUUAAGAUUCAGUAACAAGAACAUUUGACUUAAUUUAGGAUGACAUUUAAGAUUUAAGAUAUCAUCUUAAAAACAGCAGUUUAUGCUUAUAUUUAUAGUUAACUUAUUCUGAGGCUGUAACAACUUUAAACACACGUAAUCUAGACUUUACAAGCUGUGGCACUGUGGCGCAACAGGUUACAGCAUUAGUACCAUGUACUCGUGCAAGUACCCAUGGGGACCCGGUUCGAAUCUUACCUGCGGUCAUAUCCCAAUCACUCGCCCACUCGCUUCCUGUCUAUCUUCAUUGUUCUAUCUGAAUAAAGUCCAGAUAAUAUACUUGUAAAAGGAAUAUAAUCUGGGUCAGUUUACAUUUAAGUAACCUAAUUUUACAACCAGCAUUUUAGGCUAAUAUUAAGUAUAUUUUACUUAUUUUGGGGAUGUAAAAUUAUAUUUAUAAGUAAUAUGAUUUUAAAACUAGCAAUUUCUAUGUUAAGUUUCCAAAUACCAUGUUUAUUUCUAGAUUUUUUAUUUAUCUUAAUUCCCAAAAUCUUGUCAAGUGAAAUUAUCUUGCUGCAUGGACAGAACAUUUCACUUGUUUUGAGUAUACCUUUUACCUCAGAUUUAGUGUUUUUAUCUUGUUCUUAGACACCCUUGCAGUGUUUAACAAUUAAGUUUCACAAAAUAUGUCAGAUAUGAUCUCAACAAACACACAAUUUAUAAUUGAAAACAGUAAUCAAUUACAUUUCCAAUGUAAUAUUCCCUGAACUGAAUGUAUGUGAGAUUCAACACAUUCGUCCUGUUAUGUGACUGUGAAUUUGUUUUGAAUUGCCAUGAAUUGAAUUCCACUUCCUGUCAUUCCAAUUCCAAUUCAAAUUCAACUUCCUGUGGGGUGGGGCCAAUUCAAUUCAAAUUCCAACUCAUGAAUUGAAUGGAGGCAAAUUCUAAAAUUCGGAAUUGUGCACAAGCCUGAUCCAGACUAUAUAAGAGUUUACAAAUAUAUCAUUCUAAGUAAAAAAGCCAUAUAAUUAAGGCUAUGCAUAUACAUAUAUAUACAUAUACCUUUUGGAUUAACCUCUUGAAUUUCCCCUUGGGGAUCAAUAAAGUUUCCAUCUAUCUAUCUAUCUCUAUAUCUAUUUGUAACGCUGUGUAAAUCACAUGCAUUGUGAUGUGUAAUCACAUGUACUGCUUAUCUACUGUACUAUAUGUGCAAUAAACAUAGCUCUUCAUGCAUAACA